GUUCGGCCUGGUCGGCGGUCGUCGGCUCCCGUGGGCGCAGCAGCAGUGCCGGAGUAGGGGGGAGGGGGGCCGUGCCGCCGCGGGCGGAAUGCCGGCCGCGCCAUGCAGGCGCUCACGGACAUGGAGCUCGCGCGACUCGAGCAAGGCGGGCCCAGGCACGGCGGCAGCCUGCUGUCGCUGCACACCAGCCUGCCGUCGAGGACGUCGCUGCUCGGCAAGCCGCUGAAGGUGGGCACCCACCCCAGGGACGCAAAGUACCGCAAGAAGCAGACCUUCAUGUACAAUUUCCUCGAGAGGCCACGUGGAUACAGGGCAGCCGCGUACCACAUCUUCCUGUGAGUCCACGACGGCUACUCUUCGGCGAUCCUUCUGCAACACCGUGUUCUCUCGGUCGGUCACUUUCGAGGAUGCGUUCACUUUUCGGCGUGACGCGGUGUUUACCA